AUGCUAUCGAAAUAUCUUCUCACAUUUAAUCUUUUGCUAUUGGCCGCACAUGGAUGCGAGGAUUUAAAUAUUGCGGCAUUACGGGAAGAAGCUCAUUCUAUGUUUCUACAUGGAUAUAAGUCAUAUAUGAAUCAUGCGUAUCCGGCGGAUGAAUUAAUGCCUUUGUCUUGUAAAGGACGAAUCAGAGGUGUUACGCCAAGUCGCGGAGACGUAGAUGAUACACUUGGAAACUUCUCCCUAACAUUAAUCGAUUCUUUGGAUACACUGGUCGUUCUAAACGAGUUUGAUGAAUUUGAACGCGCCGUCAAUCUCGUCAUCAAUAAUGUGAAAUUCGACGCGGAUUUAGUCGUUAGUGUGUUUGAAACAAAUAUUCGAGUUCUAGGCGGAUUAAUAUCAGCUCACAUAAUGGCUCUGCUCGUCAAGGAAAAAUUCCCACAGCGCUUAAAGAAGUACGACAAGCAACUUCUUCAAAUGGCUGUUGAAGUCGGGGAUCGCCUACUUCCCGCUUUCAACACGACAUCUGGAUUGCCCUAUAGCAGAAUCAAUUUGAAAUUUGGAAUGUUGGAAAGCUUGAAGCGGCAAAAGGAUACAUGCACAGCGUGCGGCGGAACUAUGCUAUUAGAGAUGGCAGCGCUCUCAAGGCUAUCCGGAAAUCCUAUUUAUGAAUUAAAAGCUCGUAAAGCGAUGGAUUUCCUAUGGCAGCAGCGUCACCGUUCAUCCGACUUGAUGGGCACUGUGCUUAAUGUGCACUCUGGCGACUGGGUGAGACGAGAAAGCGGCAUCGGAGCUGGAAUCGAUUCGUAUUAUGAGUAUUGCCUCAAAGCGUACAUCCUUCUUGGAGAUAGCAACUAUCUGGAAAGAUUUAAUAAGCAUUAUGACGCAGUCAUGAGAUAUGUUAAUAAAGGACCACUAUUUAUUGAUGUUCAUAUGCAUCGACCUACCGUGGCCACUAGAGGAUUCAUGGACUCGCUUCUAGCUUUCUGGCCAGGCCUUCAGGUUUUGAAGGGAGACGUGAAAGAGGCUAUUGAGAUGCACGAAAUGUUGUUUCAAGUUAUUCAGAAGCACAAAUUCUUGCCUGAAGCGUUCACACACGAUUUUCAAGUGCACUGGGGUGAACAUCCGUUGAGGCCCGAAUUCGUUGAAAGCACUUAUUUCUUAUAUCGCGCCACAAAGGAUCCGCAUUAUUUGCACGUUGCUAAGCAAAUCAUGGACAGCAUUAACAAAUAUGUCAAGGUUCCUUGUGGGUUUGCGUCAUUAAAAGAUGUGCGGACGAUGAAAAAGGAAGAUCAAAUGGAAUCCUUCGUGCUAUCGGAAACGUUCAAAUACCUCUACAUGAUUUUCUCGGAGCCAUCGGAUUUGAUUUUUGAUCCUGACCACUAUGUGCUCACCACUGAAGCGCAUUUUCUACCAAUUAGCAUGGGAUCGACAGAAAAUAUUCAACGAAAAAUGGUGCUUCGUUCCGACACAAAAACCGAUGAGUUCGUUUGCGCAAAUCCUAUUGAUUUCACAAAAUUGCCAACUGAGAGAGAAGAGGCGCAAUUGAUUCGCGAAAAAACGAAAAUGCUACUUGGAGAGCUAUAUCACCUUCAGCAUGACGGGAAUCAAAUUCCAGGACGGUCUUGCGAAACUCAAAAUGAUCGGAUUCGCGCUUGGGCAUUUUCGGCUACGAAUAAAGAGCACAUUAAAGAAUUAGCCAAAAUGGGCGUCGAACUCGUUAUUCUCGAUGAUGGACGGCUGCAUCUUUCACACAAUGCAGCGAAUGCUGCUAAUCCUUUAAUGGCCCGUUGGGGUACCGAAUUUAUGCAGGAAAUGGUUGCACUCGUUGCGAAAUUGGAAAAGGAAGAGACCCAAAUCGCACCAGCAGACAGAUUUAUCCAAAUCUUAAGCUAUCCACACUUUGGAACUAAUUCUUACCACGCCUCUCCGGCUCAAUUUGGAAUUGACCUUGUUAAACCGUUAGUUGCCAAAGUUGCCAUCGCAUUUCCGUUCAAAGCCUGCUCGCCCAUAUUGAAUAGGAACGAGCUCAAUGGAAAAAUUGCCAUCGUUGAAAGAACAGACUGCGUGUUCCAGACGAAGGCAAAGAAUGUUCAAAUUGCCGGAGCAAUUGGAAUGAUUGUAAUCGAUUACGAUUUGAAUUCGCGAUACACCGAAGACAAAGCCUCAUUCGCAAUGGCUAGAAAUGUUGACGAGCAUGACGAUAUCGCGAUACCUUGCCUGUUUGUAUAUAGGCGCGAAGGUGAAAUUAUUCUGAACGCUUUCAAAAGGAAUACUAAUUCUAUUGUAAUGAUGACAACGCAAAAUUAUUCUCCAGCAAUAUUCUUCGAGGCGUUCUUCAGAAACGGAGUCGGAAUUCGUGUCAUCGAGAAUCCUCAAUGUCAUCAUGAUGAUGGACAUUUUGUUGCGUUCGACACAGUCACAAACGUCAUUAUUUUCAAUUUCCGUUUCGGAGAAAUAAAACCGAAAACUGAACGAGAAAUUGAUUUGCUCGUUGAGAAGCAUGUGGAAGAGUUUAGAAAAUUCUGCCGAUUCCUUGACGAAUUCCAUACGUUGAAGUUCAACACAAUUUUGAGAAUUGCUGCAUUCAAAGCAUUGAAUAGAAAAAUUGAUGAUUUCACACACGUUGAAUGGCUGCCGGAAAUUCUGGCAUCAGUGAUUUUGACUGAGGUUCCAACCUCAGUUCAUAAAGCAUUGCCAGGAGAAAUCACACAAGUACGAUGUGUUCCAUCGCAAAACAAAUUAAUUUGUACCACACUUGCUGCGUGA